AUGGGAUAUAAGAUAUAUUCUAACUCUGACUUAGUUCAAACAGUAACAUGGGCAAACUAUGAAUGGUUCGCUUUGAGAAACUCAGUACAACCACAAGCUAGAGAACAAACAGACCAGUAUGCAACUAUUGAGAAAAUAAGAAGACUUGACCCUAACGUUCCAGGAGUUUAUGUUAACCUUUCUGGACAAACUGCAGCAGCAGUAACCAAAGUAAAAUUGAAACUUAGAGUUCCUUUGUCAUCUUUCCUCAUCUUCAGGUUUUUAAGAUACUUGCCAAACUGGGCAGGAAAAAUUUCUAUCGAACUUACUCCAAGCAAAAAUAACUUAGUCAUUGCACCAACGCAAGACCCAUUCACUCUUACAGACGUAAAGGGAGCAAAUCAAACGUCAUUCGCCGACUUUUGCAAAGACAAAGUUGACUUAGACUUUGGUUUCUCAAACCUCAACACUGAAGUAAACUACUACUUCAAUGCUGCUGGAACUGCUUGGGACCCAGUUAAGUUCACAUGCGAAAAAUUUGAAUGCAAGAGAAUAGAAAGCAGACUUGCAGUCUAUAUGUUGGACCCAGAUAUUUCAAAUGCUUUAGCUGCCAAAUAUAUUGCAGUUCCACUUAUGUUCCCUAUACACCAAAUAUCUGUCAAAGACUUUGCAGGUGAAGUUGGAAACCAAAGUGCUGACCCAGGUGCAAGAACAGAUAUUGCCUUAACAACUGCAAUGAAACAUGCAGAUACUAUGUUUGUACUGUUCAGACGAACUAUAAAUGACUAUUCUUGUUUCUACAACCCCGGUAUUAAAUACCAUAUAAACAUAGAUGGCAAAUACUAUCCAAGAGAAGAAUAUUCCACAGUUGAGGAUAUGAGGUCAUACAACUUGACAUUAGAUGCUAUGAACUUUAACAACAACUUCACAACAACCAUUAACCCUGAAAUGCAAAGUUCUAUUAUGCCAUAUGUGAAAGUAUGGACCCAUACAGGAG